AUGCCGAGUCAAGGAUUUCCUCUACUGAAGUCGCCGUCGGCCGAUUUACAAGACGGGACCUUCUCUCAUCCCAUCCAUCAUGGAAACACCAGUAUCACUCCGAGUUCCAAGCACCUACCCCUCAUUGAUGCUACGCUAGGGUCAGGGAUAUCCAUUGUCGCUUCCGGAACUGAUUCGAAUCUUCCUCCUGAUUGUGUGCGCUAUGGAACACAAGUCGGCGACGUUGCUGAUGACGGGAGAUUCAAGUACCUUUUCAAGGUGUUCAAAGACGCUGAGGAUCCUGUCAAUCUGAACUGGCAUAGUGUUCCUCCUGGUUUUGUACCGCUCAAGGUGGAUCCUCGUAUACGGGAAACAUCGGAGUUCUACGAUAGGAACUCGACGGUUACCAUGUCUGUCGCGAAGCAGAGGUCGACCGGAGUUCUUUUCAACUCUACAAGCACUAUCACGCGAGGCGCCAUCCUCACCCUUCCCGAUGGCGCCAAACGCUACGAUUGUGAACUCUCCGUUGGUACCAACACUAGUGGAGAAAACCAAGGCACAGGAGUCCACAACGAUUCGGACAGUCAGAUGUAUGCCCUUGGAGAAGGACGCACGAGUACGGCAGUCUCAACGGUAUUGGCUCGGAUCUGGUCUAUAUGCGUAGUUGGCAUGCACACAGAUCCCUACUACCCGUUGUUUGGUGGUUAG